AUGGACGACACCUGCAACUCACAGCAGCUGGUAGAUAAGGACCACGGUGUGCAUAUGAGGUUCAAAGAUUACGACAAAGACCAAAAAUUGUCGAGCUUCACAACAACUGCCUAUCAGAACGGGUACCGCAUAUCGCAUAAGAAGAUUUUGGUGUCGACGCCAUUGCCAACAGACAUCUAUCUAAUUCUGCCUGCUCGUGGAUUAUUCUUAAUCCUUGAAACUGCAUUGACGUAUGGAUUAUACGCUUACGAGGAUAGAGAAACUAUCCAUCAGCAAAUGGGGCGGCUCGGUGCCUUAUGGGGGUUUAUGUUCGCAUGA